UCUCUCCGUUGCGUUCGCUCAGCGACAAGAAGGAAGGCAGCGACCGAGAGAGCUGUGUGAAUCGAGCCUAAGGGCGAGGAGAGCACGGUGAAGGCUCGCCGCCGGUGCUGGUGGGAGAGGAAGAGAGGGGAGCCUGAAAAAAUGUGUAGGUGCGCGCGCAGCCGCUUUGUCUCUCUCGUUGGUGGUGCUCGCGGCGGUGGUGGGGGGGUGGCAUGGACCACGAGGGGCCACAGGGGUCCGCGAGCGGAGCAUGGCGACUGCAUCCUUUCAGUCGGCCGGUGAACCCGCGUGCCGUACGGUUGCUUCUUCGUUUUUCCGCACCGCCCGUGCGUUUUCUCUAUCUAUCCUUACGUUUCGCGGUUUCUAUCUUUCUUAUUAGUCUCUUUCUCGGCUUUCGGCUAUAAUCGUUUGUUUUUUUUUUUAGAGUGAUCCCUAGAUUCUUCCGAUCCGUAUCGUAGUUAGUCGCGUGUGACAUUCUGAUCCUCCAUCGUCGUUGUCUCGUCGAAACGCACGCACACGCAUCGUACGUGCAUUGGUCUCUCUCUUUCUCUCUUUCUCUCUCUCUCUCUCUCUCUCUCUCUCUCUCUCUCUCUCUCUCUCUCUCUCUCUAUCGACGCUCUCCGUCCGUGGUUCCUUCGCUCGAAGAUAACGACGAGCUCUCAUCCGAGAGAAGGAAGAAUCCUCUCGCAGGACCUUGUGGAUUUUUCUUCGACGACUCGUCAUUCGUCCUCUUCGUCGUACACGGGCGCUACGCCUUUGAGAACUUCUCCUGCAUGAUUUCGUACGACCCGACGUCGUACGUAAGAAACAGGAAGAACGCGUUCGCCAUCGAGGAUGAUGUAGCCCGAGGGUUACUUAUCGACGAGUCAGACGUCGAGGAUGCACGUGAGAAUAGUAUCAAGAGCGGACGAAGAGAAGGAAAAAGGAAGGAAGAGAAGGAUUGCAGAUCGUUCUGUUGAAGAAACUGCAUUUGCUCGGUUCUUCUCGUCGUGGUUGUCGUUGGAUAUUCUCAACGAGGCAACGACCGAUAAAGACACUGCCAGGGUAACGAACAGCACCAGUCGUGCCCACCUGAGUCGUCCGUUAAGUCGCAUCCGUCGUCAUAACUUUGCGUCUUUCGCUCUUCUUCUCACUUUUCCUCCCAUUCUGUAGACAUCGGAAACGGUUACGGACUCUAGACUCUCCGUGCACUUGUUUCUUUUCUUCUCUUUUUGCACAGAAUCACAGAAUCCUUUCUCUCUCUCUCUCUCUCUCUCUCUCUUUAUCUAUCUAUCUACCUAUUUAUCUCUGUCUCUGUCUGUCUUUCUCUUUCUCUCUCUUUCCGUCUUACCGACUUCAACUCUCGCGUUCGCGUUGGAAGAUCAAAGAGCGAAGAAGGAGAAGAAGAAGAAGAAGAAGAAGAAGAAGAAGAAGAAGAAGAGAAAAGAGAAAAGAUGUUAGGCGUGAGUCAGCCGAGCAAUCCGCCCUCGAGCUUGCGUCACUCCGCGAGCUUCUCCUGUCUGCAAAGGAGCACCGUCGGCGAGGGCCAUCGUGCUAGAACCUCGACAUUGUUGCAACAGCCGAGCCUGCAGCUUACCAACGGCCACCAUCAUCAUCAUCACCACCACCACUCUCAGCACCAUCAUCAUCAGUACUCGUCCGGGCAGAGCGGCUCGUCGCUUCAACAGCCGAGCACCAACGCUCAGCAGCAGCAACAGCAACAACAGCAGCAACAGCAACAGCAACAGCAUCAGCAGCAGCACCACCAGCAGCAGCGAGGAGUCGAGACCGAUGCGAUUCAAGAGAGCAACGAUUACGGUUUCGUAAGGAUCAGGCCUCGUUUGCGAAGCACCAACGCAACGAUCUAUCACGAGGAAGAAGUGGCCGCGGCUAAGAGCGCUUUCAGAGAUCGAGACGCGUCCGCUUUCAGCGAUCGCGAGUGCGAGUCCUCGAGCUUCCGCGAAUUAUUGAAGACGAAGGAUCGAGAGCAAUCGCCAAAGAGCGGAGGUUCCUCGAAGAAUCAAAAUCCGUUGAAAGGUGCUCUGAUAUUGUUCACGUCCACCUCGUCUUGGUGGAAAGCGAGACAACGAGAGGAACAGCUGAACGGCGUCGGUGGGUCCUCGAGUUCGGUGACCACCUCGAUCUUGCCUUCGUCCGAGCGAAAGUGGUCGAGCACCUCGAUGGCGUCACCCUCGAACGAGAGAAAGUGGCCGCCCUCGAUGACGUCGCCCACGAUGGGCGAACGGAAGUGGUCCGUCGGUAACAAUGCCUCGUUGACGUCACCGAGCAACGAGAGGAAGUGGACCAGGUCCUCGGUCUCUUCUAGCUCGACGAACGUUCUCGCUGCCAGCACCGGGGGACAAUCGCAGCCGCAACAACAGGAUAGGAAAUGGCGCUCCCUAGGUGCCCUUCUUAGAGCUCCCACAGUUGGCGGAGGAAGUGGAACUUCCUCGCACGCGAGCGCUUCGCUUCAGAAUUCGUUUUCUCACAACAUGAGCGUCUCGAUGAUCGAGAGCAGCACGGCCGAGCGUUCGAGGGACGAGCCACGUGGCUCGGCUUGCAAAUCCUCCUCUACGAGGUAUCAACAGCCGAGCUCGUACUCGGCUCGCGUGUCCCGAGUCACCAGGGAUAUAUACAGGGAGAACGGCGAGUUCUCGCAGGCUGCCAGGACCAAGGUCAGUCGUAGAUUGUAUCAGGAACCUGCUAUCGAGGCUGCCGGCAGCGGUAACGCGACGUCCACCGAUCGAGAGAUCGUCGAGGAUACCGGGAGACACUCGCUCGCGAGACACCAUCAGUUCAAGGACGAGUGCAGAGCCAGAACGAAUCGCGAGAGCUUUUGUAGAAUCGAUCAGACUACCGAGACUCGUACCACCGGAACCGCCACGACCACAACCUCGUCCUCGACUACGAGAUCGAGCAGGGCUCAGAGUUUCUAUCUCCUGGAUGAUUUUUUGAAGCCUCAACCUCAGCAGAGCAAGUGCAUGUUGAAUCUUUACUUAUCCUCCCCGUAUUCAAAGUCGGUCGAAACGAAGAGAGCGUCUCAAGGGAACGUUACCACGAACAUAACACCUCCGAGACGUCACAAUUCGAGUUCGGAUAGUCUCGAAGUCGCUACCAGUCCUUUGCCGCCUCCGGUACCGCCGCCGCCACCUCAGCUAGGUGCUAGGGAAAGAGAGAGAGGUGAAAAUUUCAAGGAGAAGGAGGUGUGUCCAUGCAACAUGUGCUGGGCUUCGUUGCAGCAGAGAUCGUUCGCGGAAGAGGUGAGUAGGAGAUCGAAAGAACGCGCGUCUCUCUACGAAGAGAAGGGGAGGAGUCCCGGAACGCUGCACAAAGAUGUCGGCGGUGCUGGUACCAAGGUCAGUGGAAAGACGGUCGGAGGUGUCGGCACGGCAACCCUCACCACGCUCUCCUCCAUUAAUAAUACAUCCAACGCCACUCGAAACAAGAACAAUCCAGUAUCUCACGAGAAAUUACCGUCGUUCUUCAAUACGAAGCCCACGCGGGUGGAUAAAUCGAACGCCAAGAAUGCAAACAAUUCUACCAGCAACAACAUUCACAAUAUGUCGAUGCACGAAUCACACAGUGCCACGUCUCAUGAAGUUUAUCCCGGCAAAUUGCCUAUGACACCUCAGGAGGCUGUGAAAUAUUAUGGAUAUCGACUUCCCGAUUUCGAGCGCGCAGAGAUUGAAAAGUAUUCCGAGAUUUGGUACUUGGGUUUGUCGGCGAAUAAAAUUCACGGAGAGGAGGGUGCAUCGCAAAACGGCGGUUACGACGACGAAAACGGUAGCUACAAUAAAGUCCUGCACGAUCACAUUUCCUACAGAUACGAGAUACUAGAAGUUAUUGGAAAAGGAAGUUUCGGUCAGGUGAUUCGAGCAUUCGAUCAUAAGACAGGUCAGCACAUCGCGAUCAAGAUCAUCAGAAACAAAAAGAGAUUCCAUCAUCAAGCACUGAUCGAGGUUAGAAUCUUGGAGCACCUGAAGAAGAAGGAUCUGGAUGCCAACGCGUCGCACAAUGUGAUACACAUGUUAGAGUAUUUUUAUUUCAGGAAUCAUUUAUGCAUCAGUUUCGAAUUAAUGAGUUUGAAUCUGUACGAGCUAAUCAAAAAGAACAAUUACCAAGGAUUCAGUCUAAGUCUGGUACGACGAUUCGCCAACUCUCUGAUUAGCUGUUUGAGAUUGCUCUAUCGAGAAAAUAUCAUACACUGUGAUUUGAAACCGGAGAACGUACUUUUGAAACAACGAGGUAGCAGCUCGAUCAAAGUCAUAGACUUUGGCUCCUCCUGCUACAGCCAUCAGCGUGUAUAUACCUAUAUUCAAUCGAGGUUUUAUAGAAGUCCGGAGGUGAUUCUCGGUCUUCCGUACGGUACACCGAUCGAUAUGUGGAGCUUGGGUUGUAUUUUGGCCGAACUUUAUACGGGAUAUCCUUUGUUUCCGGGUGAGGACGAGAUCGAACAACUCGCGUGCAUCAUGGAGGUACUCGGACUGCCUCCGGAACACAUCACCAGUCACGCUUCGCGUCGCAGACUCUUUUUCGAUCAGAAGGGUACUCCACGAUGCGUGACAAACAGCAAGGGCAAAAAGAGAUGGGCUGGCAGCAAAAACCUAGCGAUGGUUCUCCGAUGUACCGACACACAUUUCGUCGACUUCGUUAGCAGAUGCCUCGAGUGGGAUCCGAAGAAGCGCAUGACCCCCGACGAGGCAGUGCGCCACGAGUGGCUGCUGAGCUCUUCCUUCUCUCAUGCGAGCUCCUCGUCGUCGUCGUCGACGAUGACGUCGUCGACGGUGAACGCGAACAACGGUAACAACGGUAACAACAGCAACGCUACGGCAGCGGUCGUCGAAACGUCUCAAUCAUCUCACGCGCAAACUGUAACGCGCCUGACGGUUAGCGAAGCGUUGCAGCUACCUUCCAACAUGGAAUACGCUCCGUACAGUCUCCUUGCUCUCUACCUCAAGCACGAUAAACACAUGAAGAGGGUCGGCACGUCGGAGAAUUCAAAAAGCGGCGGUGCAGCGACAACGGACAAUUCCAAGAGUAGCAGCAGCCUUGUCGUAAAGAGCAAGUUAAAUGGUAGCGCGAGUAGUCAUGCCUUGGCCAGUAGCGCUCAAACAACGACGUCCAGGCACGCCUCGACCGGUGACAUAGUUUCUAGCUUGGACCCGAAUCUCGACGACUCCGGAACCUUCCUACCACCGAUAUUGUGAAGUCGGGUUUACGCUAGCCACUUUUAAACGUCCUCCGUUUGAGUUCGUUCUCUGCGUCCUUCCUCUCUUUCUUAGAUCGAACGAUUGAGCGAUCGUUAGCUGGCAACUUUUGUUAGCUUUUCUCGGCUAAGUUUUUGGAUCUAAGAAAAGCAACAUGGAAUAGCAACAUGGAUAGCGUACAUGUAAUAGGAGGAAGAAGCUUGAUACGUAAUCGAGUAGAAUGUUACUCAAUAGGAUAGUAGUCUCGUGCGCGAGUUAAAGAAAUCGAAGGAAACGAGUAAAUUCGAUAGAGUUAUUUCGAAAAGAGCGGGGAUUAUCAUCAGCGACUCGAACCGAUCAUCAAAGCGCGUCGUCGUCAUCGCAUAGCGUAUCGAGAAAGUCAUUAUCGAUCGAUAUAACGAGCGAAGUUUCUUUUUUUUUUUUCGAGUUUAGACACAGUACGCUUUCCAAUUUUCUAAGAGCAAUAUCGGAAAAUUGAUCGUUUCGAUAAAUCAAACGUCGUCGUUGAAACGUAGGAGCACGUGGUGAGAGCGAGCACAUGGGUGUGUGCGCUUAGAAAUGGCUGGCCCGUGUAAACGCGCUUGACGUUCUCGAUGCCAAAAGGGCUUAGAAGAUAUAUUAUCGAUAAAAUUCUCAGCCCCUCCCCCUUAAUAUCGAGCUACGAGGUCGAGAUCGCACAUCCAAACGUCGUCCUCGUUUGGCUGAUCGUAGCGAAGUACAUGGGAUAUGUCGUUAUAUCAGAUCAUCGCUUGCAAGUACGGUGGAACCUAAAUUAAAAUGGCGUAACGUCGCUCGAGUAUCAGAUUAUUUUCUCGUUUAGCGGGACAAUCGUUCCCUCCAUCCGAAAUAUAUUUAUUUAAUGGCAAAGCUGCUGACUCGUCAAAAUAUCAUGAGAUUUCACGCGGAAUAAAUCGUCAAUAUCGUGAGAAAUUACUUUCAAAAAUUAUUCCGAAUGAUCGACAUAUUGUUCUCUAAGGAGAGUAACCACGAAUGGUUUUCAUCGAUGAUCGCGCGAUAUCAUUCAAAAGCAUAACGUCGCGCUAAUCGAUGGUCUAACGAGAUAAUAAUUUUUUCCUUUUAAGCGAUCGCAAGAGCGAGCUUAAAAAUAUUCUACUAUAAUUUAAAGAUAUCGUCCGUGUAGUGUGUCGAAUGGAUUUUUCAUUACUUGUAGUAGGUAACUGUUUAUGGCGAUGAGAAAGUAUAAGGAGGAUAAAGAAGACGUUCGACGUUUCAAAAGAUCGUUCCUUUUUUAUCGUCCGAUUAUUUUUCUCGUCACGGCGAGAAGAUCUGAGCGAAUUUUCGUAACCAUCUGCGGCUACGAAAAUCGCGAUCAAUAAUAAUGAGAAUUUGAAAGGAGCAACCUUAAAAUGAAAAAUAAAAAAGAAAAAAAAAAUAAAUAAACGAAGCGUGCCCCAGUUUCGCGAGGCCUGUGUAGUCUUAUUGUGAUAUUAAACUACCACUGUCUUACUUAGAUCUCUGGUAUUAAGAAGUAAUAACGAUCGUUAAUAAUUUCAUUACUAUUAAUCACUAAUAUUUUCUUUAUAAUGAGUAUCGCAAAAACAAGCUAUUGCUACAAGAUUAUAAUUACGCGAUUAAUGUGUGCGAGAGCGAGAGAGAGAGAGAGAGAGAGAGAGAGUGAGAGGGGGAGGGAGAGAGAGAGAGAGAGAGAGAGAGAGAGACGGGAAGAGAUGAUUAACAUUGACGAAGAGUUUAAUAUUAUCUUGUAGGAUUGUACAGCUUUUAAUUAAGUCUGCGAUAUAUAUUCCUGAGUAGCACGCGAUUUGCUUGCGUAAUCGAAUACGUAAAAUGCCAAUUUCACAGAAAUUUCCAUAUCAUUUGAAUUUGUCUUUAUAUAUCGAUAAUGCUUCUUUUUUAUUAUUAUUGUUAUUAUUAUUAUUAUUACUAUCAUCAUCACUAUUAUCCUUACUUUUACUACAAUUAAUAUUAAUGUUAUUAUUAUAUUAUUAUAUUAUUAUCAUCAUUGUUCGUACGAUUACGAUAUUAUCAGUCACACGUUAACAACGCGAUAUCUUAUGUAAAAAACGAUAUCACACUUUAUAGAUUGUACUUUAAUUCACCGAGAUUAUUCAUCGACGUCCAGCGUUUUUUGGAUGUUGGCGCAAAAAUCAAUGAGAUAUCCAGGGAACACUCGUCUUUAUGAACGCGGAAUGGAUUUAACGAGAGAUUGUAAUACUUGUCUAAUUUUCACGUCGUCUAGAUGCGUCGAUUUUAACGAAGUUCGUAGAAUCACGAAUGAUUGUAUAUCCGAGCUUAAUAUUCAUCGUAGAAUUCGCAAAAGAAUUUGGCCCCCCCUUCAAUCGAGACUCGAACGAUCGAGGAUUUCAUUCAUUUUUCUUCCGUGUCUUUCUUUUUUCUUUUCUUUUCUUUCUUUUACUUUUUUUUUUUCCUUACCAUUGGAACUUCGCUCGAAAAUUUCGCCCAUCUCGUUCGAUCGUUCACACGUCACGCUUUCAUACGAUUUCAUACGAUUAUAUAGUCGGACCAAUAAUUGUGCUCUUCGGUCCAAUUAAGAGGCUUGUAAUAGAAAAUAAGCUUCGUCAAAUGUCAGCGCUAGAACGAUCAUACGACAUUGAUUUUACCAUCUUUAGUUUCUCCCUUUUACCUUCCUAAACCACCCCAUUGGCUUCGAAGAAGGUGUAUUAGAUGUUAACGAAUUAUCGAUUCGCGUAAUAUCUUUUCUCGACUGAUCGUUAGUUUAAUUAAAUUCUCGUGGACCACCAUCUUUCUUGUUCGAGUGUCCAUUGAAAGAAAAGACAAAAAAAGUAGAUGAGUAAGUGAUCGUAACAAUAAACUCGUAAAACAACAAAGUACUUGCAACAAGACUGACUGAUUGUAUACAAUUUCAUCACAAUUAUCACGACGUAAAUCAAUCGUGUUCUUGCAAAUUAGUGUCGUCCUCAUCGCGUAUUUAUACAUACAUAUAAAACGACAAAACGUUCGCAGAUCUUCUAGACUCUUACGUCGUGUUUCCUCGGAUCUCCAAUUAGAAAAGAUUCAAGUUUAGCUUAUACCGCGCGUGUUAUCCCGUGUCGUUAAUUUUUAUCACGAUUAAAAUCGAUUCUUCUUUACUUAACGAAAUUUUGAAUCAGCGCUACUCUGAAAAUUAUUUCUUUUCUUCGAAAACACGUAUCGCCGUAUAUUAUAUGUCGUUUGAAAAGAUCCGCGUUCGUCGCAAAAAUAGAAAAGAAUACGAAUAGUCUUCUUUUGAAAAAGAAAAAAAAAAGAAAAAGAAAGAAAAUUGUUGCGAAUGUCGAUGAUACACCGAAAAUACAUAUAUACGUAUUCGUAAUUCAACAAAAUUGCCGGCAUUGUUUAUCGUUGUUGUCCAUUAACACGCCUAAUUAUUGUUUCGUUUGUUCCUUAAUCAAUUUUAUCGCAGCGUUCUUCAAUUUGCCGUUCGCGAAAAAUCUAAACGAGGAAAGGGAAAGGGGGGAGAAGAAAAAUGAAGAAAUAACAAAUAUCUUUUCGCGAGAUGCGUUCGAUGAACUCGAACGAAGAGAGGAGUUGCAACUUUAAUGUUCGUAGUGACUAUAUAAGAAAGAAAUGAAAAAAAAAAAAAAAACAGAUGAAAAGGAAACCGAGCAUAUACAGUGAAGGAGAUAUCAAACUGUGUAUAAAAUAACGUUUUAGUAAUAUGUGUGUAUGCGCGGGUGCUUCAAAAAGUAUGUACGAUGUGUGUUUGCGUGUACGAAAGAAAAAGAGAGAGAGAGAGAGAGAGAGAGAAUACAGAAGACCGAAAGAGAGAGGGAGAGAGAAAGAGUGAAAGAAUGAAUCAUAUUUACGCGUACGUGUAUAUAUAAUAUAUCCAUACCUAUAUAUUAUACACACUUGUGCGCGUAUUACUUUGCAUAUACAUAUUAUAUACAAGUAUGUAUUAAGAGAAAUCACGCAAGCAAAAAACGAGUUAAAUAUAGUAAUUAACAUAGAAAUAAUAGAGCAUUAAGUAAUAUAACCCCAUAAAAACUCGGGGUACCCUAAACAAAAACAAAAAAAAAAGGAAGGAGAAGAGGAAGAAAAAAAAAAGGAUAAUUGUACAGCCCUAAGUUUUUAGUUGUGUUCAUUAUUAUAUACAGCGGGAUCAAAUUGUAUGUGUAUAGGAGACACUGUUGUAUAAUCUGCGUCGAAGAAACGCAUUCGCGCACAGUCAUACGUGUAUCCGUGCGUAGGUUCGAAGAGAAAAGAACGAAAAUAAAUUCGAUAAUUGUAUCGAUCCCGAUUUCAUACACGGAAGAAAAAUGUGCGAUGGGAGAUGGAGAGAGAGAGAGGGAGAGAGAGAGAGAGAGAGAGAGAGAGUGAGAAACGGAGAGUAAAAUACUUUUAUCGAUCCGCACAAAAAGAAAAAAGAAAAACAAGAUCGCGGACGAAAAAGGGGCGUUUGCUCUCUAGUCCUGGAUAUUACGAACGAACGUGAUCCGAGUUGAAAGGGGACGAAUAUGACCUUAGAGAUAUAAAUGUUUUAACGAACGUAUAACGAAAGAAAGAGAGGAAAAAUUGUCUCUAAAAAGAAUGAAAAAACCCCCUCCAGCGUGCGAGCGUGCGUGCGUGUAAAAGGCUCUAGCGUAUAUCUUCUUAGAAGAAAACAAAAAAAAACAAAAAAAAGCAGUUUGUAAAACUAAUUAUCGAGUUAACAACGUGGAUAGAUCUAUCAAUUUUAAAGUUAGUUAAUAAAACUUGUAUGCGUGACGCGUUCUAAGGAGAAUAGGUAAAAAGAGAGAAAACGAACUAUCAUCGUCGGGCGAACGAAGAGACACGACCACUUCCUACCAACCAACCAUCAACUUCACUCUCCCUUUUCAUCCCUCGAUGCUCUCUCUCGAGUUUCGAUAACAUGAUAUCGUCAAAAAAAAAAAAAAAAAACAAAUAAAUGCGCGACCCGUAUUCGAACGUCAAUCAUUUCACUUUGUAGUAGCGCAUCGUCGAGAGUAGAAGGACAAUCAUAGGAGGUAGUUGUACGCCAUUUUGAAUUUGCGCGUAUUUAACGAGGCUUAUUUCAUCCGAACCUUUUUAGAACGAGCGUCGCGUAGAAUAAUCGAUCCCGACGAGUUGUUCCGUCUUUGAAGAACAAACGAAACGUUUGUCCGAUCCUUGAUCGAAGACGAGAUGAUGGAGAGAGAAAACGAAGGAUUAAAGGUCGUUUGUCUUUCUCUCUCUCUCUCUCUCUCUCUUCUCUUUCUUCUUAUAGCCGUCAACUUCUUUUUAUCGGGUUGUCCCUCAUCCUUCGUAUUUGCCGAUGAGUCGUUGAUCAAUCUUCAACCCUUCGUUUUCUUUUUUUUUCUCUCUCUCUCUCUUUCUCUUUCUUUCUUGUUCGUAUCAGUAAGAACGUCGACGAAUCGAGAAGAGGAAAAACGAAAAAGGAAGAAAAGAAAGGAGAGAGAGAGAGAGAGAGAGAGAGAGAGAGAGAGAGAGAGAGAGAGAGAGAGAGAGACAGACAGAGACAGAGACAGAGAGAUAGAGCUGCGAGAGACGAUGCACGAUGAUUUGUAAUUUUCGCGUUAAAACGACGGGACGGUCCCUUGUGUUACGCGUACGACCGUCGUGUAAGUGCGAAUCGUCGUCAAUUUAUGCCUGCAACUUUAAUUAUAGCAAACAAGAGAGAAUUGCUAACGAUAAACGAUUAUGAUAAUGACAUUAGUAUAAAGAAAAGUAUAUGUAAUGAUACGAUACUGAAGCAUCAUCAUCUUUUGUAUCAUUUGUUCGUUUGUUCUUAUCUUACUGCGUUUGUCUUUCAUUAUUAAUGCAAUACCAAGAUGACUCGGUUUCGACUCGGUAUCUUGUGUGUAAAUAUAUACUAAUAAAGAAAAUUAUAGCGAA